AUGUCUGAUUCCAACACAACCAAUUCCAUCAACCCCUCCAUCUUCAUCUUGCUGGGUUUUCCAGGCCUGGAGAUGGCCCAUGUCUGGAUCUCCAUCCCCUUCUGCAUCAUGUACAUCCUAGCUGUCUUGGAGAACUUCACCAUCCUGUUCAUUGUGAAGAUGGAAUCGAGCCUCCAUGUACCCAUGUACUAUUUCCUCUGCAUGAUGGCUGUCACCGACCUGGUCCUCUCUACAACCAUCUUGCCCAAAAUGCUGACAACAGAGUCUGGGAUCUUCGUGGCCAUGGCUGUGGAUCGCUUUGUGGCCAUUUGUCAUCCCCUGAGACAUUCCACCAUCCUGACAAACCCCGUGGUGAGUAAGAUCUGCUUGGCCGUGGUGCUGCGCGGUGGCUUGAUCACGCUGCCCAUGCUCCUCCUUGCAAGACAGUGGUCAUAUUGCAGAACCAACAUCAUCCCCCAGCCUUACUGUGUGCAUAUGGCCGUGGUGGGGCUGGCCUGUGGUGACAUCCGCCCCAGUAGUUACUACGGCCUCUUUGUGCUACUUUGUAUGAGAGGCCUGGAUGUGAUUUUUAUUGUUAUGUCCUACACCCAGAUCCUCAGGGCCAUCGUCAGCCUUCCCACCAAGGAUGCCCGGCUCAAGACUUUUGGGACCUGCACCUCCCACCUCUGUUCCAUUUUAGUGUUUUACAUCCCAAGCCUCUUCUUCGCCCUCAUGUCUCGCUUUGACCCGAAGAGGCCUCACCCUCUCCAUGAUCUCAUUAAUCACAUCUGCCACCCUUCAAACUGGGAAGCCCGGGUAUCUCUCACCCUCCUGGGCACGGAGCCAGCAGCAGAGUCUCCAGAAUUUGAGGAGGAACCUGGCAUCCCGACCACAUACGAAAGCAGAAGAGCACCAGGCAUGGGGCCAGCAGCUGGGAUCCUGGCCAGGUGGGGAGACACUGAGGCAGAAGAGCCCCAGGGACACAGCGGCUGGUAG